AUGAUAACCGGACAUGGCCUCCAGGAGAACCCACGUCUCCAGGGUUACCAUGGCAACCUCAGCCCCCUGGGAGGCAGUUUAAAUCUGACACAUACAAGACGAAGAGAAGUCAACCACAGACCCACGGGGCCGAGCCGCUCUGCAGCAGAAAGCUCGGACUCUUUAGUUGCAGACAAAUCUGCUCCUGACAUUAACAACUUACAGAUUACUUCGACGUGGAACACGGUAAAAAAGAUGAAGUCCUUGUUUCAUUUCACGUUGCUGGCGUCAGUCAUCCUGAGCUCGUGUCUGAAAACCCUCGACUCAGACCAGGAGCUGCAGGACAGCGGGUUCGGUCAGCCUCCGCCUCGCCACGGCCUCAAGCUGCUGGUGUGGUACGUUCAGAGCUGCCUGGACAACAACAUGGUGGCUCUGUGUGAUCCCACGCGAGGAGAGUAUGGAUUCCAUGCGUUUCGGAACCGAGGGCCGCGGCCUCUGCUCCCGGUGAUAAAGGACAAACGGCAGUACGGCUACUACACCGUCGGAAAUCUCAACGCUCCGCAUGCCAAGGACCUGCCGGACGAGGUCAGGAAGUACUACAACCGCCACGACCCCGAGAGUAACAUGGACAGAGUUUUGGUGAGAUACAAUAACAACAACAAACACAUCGAGGAGAUCUAUGCGUCUGCACAUUAUAAGGCUAAAGAGACGUACAGAAUCGGCCCCGAUCUCGUCGCCUCUCUUCGAGGAAUCUCUGCAGAAUCUCUCUAUGACGACUUCAGCAGCUCUGGAACUCUUCAAAACCUCCUGAUGCAUUUUUUAAACAAUCUUGAAUGACUUAUCUGCUUUUCUUUGUAGUCAGAAAGAAAGUGCCAGAUAACUUUGAUGGGCUUGUUUUAAGGCUUGAGUGUGAGAAAGGAAAGUUUGUGUAACUCUGUAAAAUCUGCUUGUAGAACAUUCAACAUGCUUAAGUGUCUUUGAACAUUAAAAUAAGUGUUAAAAUUU